AAAUUUAAUUAAUAUAACAAAAUUUAUUGUUUAACUAAACGAUAGAGGGCAUAAUAAAUGAACGAUAAACAAAACUAGAACAUUACGAAAGCAGAAAUUGCUAGAUCACAGAGUUUUACUGCAACUUCACGUCACAGUUUCAGUUUGCACAUAAAAAGAUUUCAAACAGGUUUAAAAUAUGAAGAUUAAACGACAAAAGCGUCUUCAUCGCAAUAAAAAUUUCUACAAAAACAGCUUUGGAUUUAGAGAACCUUACCAAGUACUUCUUGAUGCAACUUUUUGUCAGUCUGCACUAAAGUACAAGGUGAAUAUAAAAGAGCAACUUCCAAAUUAUUUAGAGGGAGAGGUUAAACUCAUGACAACAAGUUGUGUAGUGACAGAAACAGAAAAACUGGGUCCUGCUCUCUUUGGUGCUAUGUUGGUUGUUAAACAAUUCCAUGUGAGAAAAUGUGGCCAUGAGAAAAAACCAAUUGAAGCAUCAGAAUGCCUGUAUUCAAUGGUGAAAAACAACAAUACUGCUCAUUAUUUCAUUGCUACACAAGAUCCAGAACUAAGUGAAAAGAUUAGAAAUGUAUCUGGUACACCUUUGUUGUAUAUGAAAUUUAAUGCAAUUAUCUUAGAGAAACCAUCAGACAUUAGUAUUAAAACAGCUGAAGCAAAUACAUCGAAAAUUAAAUCCUUCGAACUUUCAAAGUUCAGUUUUAGACGAACUAAAAAAAAGUCUGGAUUAGGAGAGCAAGAGGAGAGAAAAGCAACAAUAAGAAGGAAGAAAGUGUCUGGACCAAAUCCUUUAUCCUGUAAGAAGAAGAAGAAGAAGACGAAGCCUAAUGCCAUAAACAAAACAAAAGUAAAUCAGAAAAAGAGAAAACGUAAGCGAGUGAAAGUAGCAAAACAUGUGAAAUGCCUUUUAUCUACAGUAUCACAAUAAAGUAUUUAUGGUACAAA